AUGUCAUGUGUGGAGAGCAGUCAGUGCUGCUGGCUGGAAUGCUGGAGCGGAGUCCUCAGCGCUCAGUGCUCCAGGGCAGCAACUCUAUCACCAACUACUUCACGAGCAUCUCGCAUUGUCCCAACGUGUCGUCUCCAUGGGAACCCAAUUGUUGGCGAGCAGAACCCGCCUGAUAUUGCCAUGCUGCUGCAUGUCUUGCUCGCCCACGACCUAUUCGGCCCCAUAUAUCCAUGCAUCACAGGUUCCAAUUUGUUAACACGCGCCGUCGACGCGACGUCAACAUCAACACCAACACCAUCACAGGAAUCUCCCCGCCAAAGCGUUCCUGACGUAAAACGCUCAACGCGUGCCCCUGAGCACAAGCAAGGAACUCCACGUCGCGAAAAAGGUUCAGCGACACAGAGAAACGAUGUCGCUCAACUGUCACCGUGUCUCAGCCGAAGCAUGGCGGUGGCUAUGAUGCGCGCCGAGAAGAUCACUCCAGCAGGCAUCUUGCUGCAUCGCAAACACGCCGUUACCUAA